AUGGACAACCUUCUAGACCUCAAGUCCAGUGAAUCAAGCAGAGGAUAUUGGGACAUCAACUGGAGUUUGCCAGGGGGUCAGGACAGAUAUCAAUUGCUCAAAGGAUCUGAGUAUAGUGUAAUUCAUCUGAGUAACAAUCAGUUGGAGGUUUCAUUCAGGAGCACAUAUGAUCCUUCAACUCCUGGUGUCAGAUUGCCACUCAGUAUUGACUUAAGGUACAUUUUGAGGAGUGGUGAUUCUGGCUUCUAUUGCUAUGCAAUAUAUGAGAUUCCUCCCGGAUGCCGCGCCUUUGAUCUUGCUCAAACAAGAAUGGCAUUCAAGUUGCGACGAGAAAAUUUUCACUAUAUGGCAAUCACGGAUGAGAAGCAAAGGGUAAUGCCAAUGCCAGACGAUCUACUCCCAGAUAGAGGCAAACAGCUGAUUGUACCUGAAUCAGUUUUACUUGUAAAUCCCAUUAAUCCGGCUCUCAAAGGCGAGGUUGAUGAUAAGUAUAUGUAUUCAAUGGACAACAAAGAUGGUGGAGUUCACGGCUGGAUAAGUUCUGGUCCCAACGUUGGAUUCUGGAUCAUCUUUCCCAGUCAUGAGUUCCGCAAUGGUGGACCUACUAAGCAAAAUCUCACAGUCCACACUGGUCCAAACUGCCUUGCUAUGUUUCAUGGAACUCAUUACAUUGGGAUUGACAUAUUAGCUCAUUUUGAAGAGGGAGAGACAUGGAGGAAGGUAUUUGGCCCGGUCUUUGUAUACCUUAAUGCGACUGCGGAUGCAACAAAAGCCCACAAUUUGUGGUUUGAUGCCAAAAAGCAGAGGUCAUUUGAAGAGACACUAUGGCCAUAUGAUUUUGUUUCGUCGCCUUAUUUUCUUACUGCUAAGGAACGCGGUUCAGCUUCAGGACGACUGGUUGUCCAAGACAGGUUUGUUUCUGGUUCUCUCAUCCCUGCUAAAUAUGCAUAUGUCGGUCUAUCGGCCGCAAGAACCGAAGGAUCCUGGCAAACAGAGAGCAAGGAUUAUCAAUUUUGGGUGCAAACAGAUGCAAAUGGAAACUUUACCAUCAACAAUGUCAUUCCAGGAGUCUAUGGACUCCAUGGUUGGGUUCCCGGAUUCAUCGGUGAUUAUCUUGACAAGGAACUUGUCACCAUCUCUUCAGGAUCACAAACACAACUUGGUAAUUUGACUUAUGUACCCCUCAGAGAUGGUCCAACUGUGUGGGAAAUCGGCUUUGCGGAUCGAACGGCUAUUGGUUAUUAUGUUCCUGAUGUGAAUCCUAUGUAUGUUAACAGGUUGUUUCUCAACAGCCCUGAAAAAUACAGGCAAUAUGGCUUGUGGGACAGAUACACAGACAUACACCCUGAAGUUGAUCAAGCUUUCACUACAGGCAUCAAUGAUCCAAAGAAAGAUUGGUUCUUUGCUCAUGUGGACAGAAGGGGAGCUGCUAAGUAUCUUCCAUCAACAUGGACAAUCAAGUUUAAUCUCACUUCAGUAACCAGUGGAACUUACAAGCUGAGGUUGGCUACCGCAUCAGCAACUCGCUCCGAUCUUGAGAUCUAUGUCAACUAUAUAGAUGCACAGCACCUGGUGUUCCAAGUGAUGAAUUUAGGGACAGAUAACACGGUUUGUCGCCAUGGAAUACAUGGACUCUACCGGCUUUUUAACAUUGAUAUUUCGUCGUCGUUGUUGAUUGAAGGAGACAACACCAUAUUUCUCACACAGGCCAGAGGUGGUGAUGCACUUUGUGGAGUCCUCUAUGAUUAUAUAAGGCUAGAAGCUCCAGCAACUCCUCAGAUAACUGAGCAGCUGUAA